UGCGCUGGAGGCUUAUGGUAAUUGCGGUCUCCCGACUGGCCUUCUGGGUAGAGUCUGCGCGAGUGGGAGUGGAGCGAGUCGCUCGGUCUCGGCAGCGUUCAUCCAUUCUGUGCGGCACUCCCCGUACAGCUCCGCGCGUCCUCUCUGCGAACCGGGGUGUUCUCUCCGCUGAGCAGAAGAAGCAAAAGAAGAAGAAGAACACGCGGGACGGAAAGCUUCACGGAAUAACCUUCAGCAAACCUUCCCAGACACGCAAUCCGGCGCCGGGGAGGACAUGGAGUGACGGAGAGCGGGAGCGAGGGGCUUUUUCCGAGCACGGCGUGCUCCGCUGAAACCCAACAUGGCGCUGCUGCGAGGUACAGCCGAGCUGAAUUAAUUUCUCCGCGAGUCCGACGACCUCGCCACCUGUAUCCUUUGGGGGCCCGGACCGCAGGGCACAGAGGCUCCACGACUUAAAGGACCAUAACGGAUUUUCUUUUGUGGAUUUCUCUCUCUCCGGACGUUUGUUUUUCUUCCGCGUAGGAUCUUUUUGUUGCUUUAUGGCAACACAAGUGACAUUUGCAGCAGCAGAAAAGUCCGCUUGAAAUAAAAGCGAAUGGAUGAGAGUUUUUCUUAGACAAUAGAGUAAGGACAGAGAGCUUUCAUUUAAGACUUGAUUUGUUUCGUGACAAGUGGAUAACCUGUUAGACACUUUUAGUUGUUUUUUUCUCCGGCCGGGAUUGUCUCCAGCAGGCAGGAUCGUAACCGGGUUAGUCUACGUACGCACGGAUCGCUGUCCUCCCAGUUAACUUGGAAAAACAGGAAAAGGCGUGAGUAGCUGUGCACGGACGACGACUGGAACUAUCAGCAAUUAACCAGGGCAACAUCUGUUCGUGAUGUCGAUGCUGAGACACAAACCAACCUGGAACUAAGACAAGGGAACCACAUCACACACAACAUGGUGGAUGCAAGGUUAACACCACUGGCAGCCAUGGGGCUGGACCGAGGCACUCUAAUGCACGAUGGUCUUCGUCUCCAUGGUGGGGUUGUGUACCAAGGGAUCAGAGCUCUGCCUACAGAGAAGAGCCGAGAGACACCUACCCACACCCUCGCUUAUAACAGGGAUGGUAUCCCGGAGCUAAUCUACAAGCCCGAUGGCCCUCUGGACAGUCGUAAGCCCACUAAUGGAUACCUGGGCCUCUACAAGGGCGGCCCGCCAGGUCUCCACAAGCCUAUGCUGGUUCCUGGAGCUGGAGCUGAAAGUCUGGGCUUGGACCGCAGAGUAGGGCCUGGAGACAAAGCAUCUGAUCUGGGCUUGGCAAGUGCUGGUGGCAGCUACCUCCGCCUGCCAUGGCUCAGCCCUUACCCAGAAGCAAGCAUGUAUCCCUUCAUGGACACAUCCAAGUAUGCGGCUCUAAACAUGUACAAAGCCUCCUUGCUAAGCCAACCCAACCCCUAUCUUCCGCAGCACCUGGCCUACCCUUCUCUGUGUGCAGCCCAGGGAGGGAACCCUGCAGCCGCCUCUGCUGCUGAAAGACUUUACUAUAUGCCCCCCUAUCCUCCUUCUCCCAUUUCUUCCCCCCUGGUGGCACCCCCCAUGAGGAUUCCUGCAGUCACAGUUGCCCCCACAUCACUGGUACAUUGCCAGGACAAGGGGCUUGGUGUUGCACCUUCAUUUGCACAGCAGCUCCACCAACCUUCUCCUCAUCAGCACCAUCAGGCUGCAAUGGACAGGGACCGAUCCCCGAGCAGGAGCAGCAGACCAGGCAGGCCCCCCUCUAGGAAGGGGUCUAGCAACAAUACUAACACCAGUAGCACUAGAGACACCAGUGGUGGGAAUAGUAACAGUCUGCCUCCUGAUUCCUCUCCUCAUGCAUCUUCUCGCCUCCCUCAACCUCCCCCACCUCCUGCUCUCAUUGACAAUUCACUGGAUUUACAAAGACCAGUUGCUAGGAUCGGACAACCGCCAACCUCCUCCAAUUCUUCGAUAGCUGCUUCAUCUUCAUCUACACAGUCCAUUCCUCAUCCGUUCUCUGUGAGCAGCAUGGCAUCAGAGCAGCCCUCUCCUGCCCGACCCAGCCCCCACAAACACAGGCAACGAGAUGGAGCACCUGAACACAGAAAUGUAGGGGCUGAGAGGAGACCAAGCAGGUCACCCUCCAAGCCAAAUUUUGAGAGGCCCCCUCACCAAACCCAAUCUACCAAAGACUCAGCUGAAAAGCCUUUGGAUUUGUCUGGAAGAAUACUAGAGUUUGGGCCGUCUCCUAAUGGAUUUCCAGUAAAGAUGGACACUAUGGCAUCAGGCCCACGUUAUGGGCUGCCCCCUAGCAGAGAUCUCCUAAAGGAAAACCUAUCCCUGUCUCCUUCCUCUCACCCUCACUCUGUGGCCAGCAGCACUUCUUCCAAGGUCCCAGAGAGGCCAGAGAUGAUCAGCACUUUACACUCCUCCUGGGUUGUACCUAGCCCAUCUCCCUCUUCCAACGCACAGCACACACCAGGCUUACCCCCCUCUCCACGGCCUAACCCAGACCUUUCCCAAGCCAAAGGUUCCUCCCCCUCUGUCAUCAAACAUAAGAGCCUGGAGAGAGUCCUCCCUCAGCAGCGUAGUUCCUCCUGUCCAAGGAUAGGAGAGCCCAACCACAAUGUUCCCUCCACCCAACACUCCUCUAUGGUCAAUUCAAGGCCUAUUUCCCCUAAACCUAACGGUGAGUGGGUCAAACACAGCCCCAGCCAAUCAGAACACCCACCAGGCAUGAGCCACCACAGAGAGGGAGCAGAGAAGUCCUCCCAGGCCACUAAGAGAAGUGAAACAACCCAAGAUCUACCAUCUUACAAAAGGCCCUGUUUGGAGAACGGUCACCCUCCUGGCCACCUUUACCUUCCUCAAAAUGAUGCCUACCUGAACCACAGUUUGGCUUACGCCAAUAGAUACCUGCACUACCCAAUACCUGAUGGCAUGGCUCUACACUCCCUACCGAUAACAGGGAAAGGCCCAGUCUAUCCUCACCCAGUGUUGCUGGGCAGCAACAGCCUUUACCCAACCCACUUGGCAGCAAAACACCCUUUACCCUAUCAUAACCUCCAAGCUGGUCCAGGAGGGGAAUACCUCACUUAUAACUCACAGGAGAUGGCCCAUCCCCUCAUGCAGGCUCACCCAGACAACAAGCUGCCAGAAAGAGGAGAUGCAACUCUGAAGCCGCGGGGACAGGAGAAAUCUCGAGGCGGUAUUGAAGAGACUGGUGAUGGAAGUCAGUUAAAGCAGGAUAGGGAAACAGGAGCACUUGGCGGCAGCCAAAGCAAAACCUCCUUUUCCUCUGCAGUAUCCAGAGAAAAGAUUGUCUGCAUUGACCUUGUACACUCAGACACAGAUGUUGAGUCUACGCCAACAGUCCACAAGCAGUCCUCUGCUGAGACCAGCACAAAGGUUAACCAAAAUGAAUGUUGUCAUAGUAACCAAAUUUUGACAAAGACUGACUACGAGCCAAAACACCAACAGCACCCAUCCCAUCCUUAUUCAAUCCAAUCCAGACAGAGCCCCACCCUGAGGCCCAAUCACACUGAACGACAGCCAGAAUCUCCUUUUGGGAAAACAAAAGUUACUCAAGACACGAGCUGUCCCGGGGUAACAUCCAGCACAUCCCUAACUUCUCCGGGAGAGGACGCCCAAGCCGAGGAGAGCCAGGAUGAACCUCGGAGCCCCAGCCCCGACCCUGGUGACCAAGACCAGAGCACGUUGCGCUGUGCCCGCACAUCUGGGUUGUUCAGCUCUGGUAAGGACAAAGCGGACAGAGACCGCCGAGCUUUCCACCUCACUCAGCACUACGCGGAGGUGGAGAAGGAGGAGACGGAAAGCACGGCAGAGACUGAAAAGGAAGACAGUAUUGUUGAUCUGGGGGAGUCACAAGGAGAAGGGGAUGAGACUGAGGACGAGUGUGGCCAUGGUUCAUCAAGAAGCGCUCGUAGAUCCAGUCUGGCCAAGAGGAUCGCAAACUCCUCGGGCUAUGUUGGCGACCGCUUUAAAUGUGUCACCACUGAGCUGUAUGCUGACUCCAGCAAGCUGAGCCGUGAACAGAGAGCUCUGCAGAUGGAAGUCAUAUCACGAGAGGGGAGUAAUAUAAGUCAACCUGCAGCUAACUGGGAGCGGGCUAUGAUGCGGUUCUCGGAGCUGGAGCUGAAGGAGAAGGAGGGCAGCGGUGUGUGUGUGUCUGCCUCAGCAGCGGCAGCAGGACGGGAGCUGGCAGACGGCCAGCGCAGAGAGCGAGUGCUGGAACACUGCCAACACACCACCAGGCAGGGAGAGAGGGAGGGUGUCCAGCCGGCAUUCCCAAACAACCGAGUUCCAGUCCUCCAGAGGUGUGCAGGCCAGAAGGAGCCUUUGUCCCCAGGGCACGGAGCUCGAGAUGGGGUCAGAGGAGCCAGCCAAGGGAUGCACAAGGAUGGAGCCAGAAAGGGGACAAGGGAGUCUGAGGGAGGUCAUUGUGUUCCUCCUACUUUGACACCGAUAAAAGGAUACCCUGAUGAGAGAGUGAACCACAGUUUCGGACUCAACAGAAAGCGUCCGCUCAAAUUCGAACAGGACGACUCAGAGAGAGAGGAAGAGGAGAGGCUGUCCCACCCAGAGAAAAGAGCCAAGAUUUGUACUGACGGGCGCGAGCAGGCCUGUCCCAGCGAAGACGAAGACGACGAGGUGCGAAAGCUCAAAGUCUGCAUCGAGCUGAAGGGACUGAGACUCAGCAAGCCCGCUGCCGGCGCAGCAUCACCUGACAGGUUUCACAUCAAACAGGAGAGGCCGUGGCCCCAACCCAGACUGGUGCCUCCGACCCAGAAUGUGCGAGAGCGAAAGAUUAGGGCCGGCGAGGCUGAGGACAGAGCUGCAGCACAGAGAGCCGAGAUCAACAGGAAAUGGGGCUGCGACAAGCUGCUUAAUGGAGUAGCUGCUUCUCCCCUUCCCCCCGGCCAAGUGAAGGACAGAGCGCAACCGCUGGGCCCCUUCUCAGGUGACCGUGGCCUCAAGGAGCCCAGGAGGGGCCCCCCUUCGCCUGCCCCAGAGCCGUCCAUGGGAGGCACCCCUCCCCUCAAGUCCCGUCGUCAUAGUGACACCGACAAACCCAAGGGCAAGCGGCCGUGCAAGACCAAACACACCAGUCAGAGGGAGCGGGAGAAGAAGAAAGAGGCCACACCUAGCAGCCCAGGCCAGCGGUGUGCAGCUGAUCUGGGAGCAGCUGAGGAUGACAAGCUGAGCGAGCAGCGCGGCGCUCUGAGGAAAGGAGCCGCCUCUCCUAAUCAUUAUCCCUGCUCUCCAGUCAAGCCCUGCUCCCCCGCCGCGCUCUGUCCGCCCUCCCUCCAGCCCCAGGCCAACGGCAGAGCAGGCGCUGUCCCUCCAGAGGCGGUGGGGGCGCACAGGACCCCCCCUGCCGAGCCCCCUGCAGUGCGUCCGAUCCCGCCAGAGGCUCGCCGGCUGAUCGUGAACAAGAACGCCGGGGAGACUCUGCUCCAGAGAGCCGCACGACUCGGCUACGAGGAGGUGGUGCUGUACUGUCUGGAGAACAGAGUAUGCGAGGUGAAUCAUAGAGACUACGCCGGGUACUGUGCUCUCCACGAGGCGUGCGCUCGUGGCUGGCUUAGCAUCGUCCAGCACCUGCUGGAUUACGGGGCUGACAUCAACUGCAGUGCACAGGAUGGCACCAGGCCGAUUCAUGAUGCUGUGGAGAACGACCACCUGGACGUGGUGCGAAUCCUGCUCUCUUAUGGCGCUGACCCAACCCUCGCCACAUAUUCAGGCCGGGGUCUGCUGAAGAUGACCCACAGUGACAGCAUGGAGCGCUUCCUCACCGAUUAUUUUGCCGACCUUCAGGGCCGCUCGGAUGACGACCCAGGGAUUUAUUGGGAAUUCUAUGGCAGCGCUGUGUGUGAAUCAAGCGAGGAGGGUGGUGUCUAUGACAUCCUGGCUGACCCUCCAGGCCCAGAGGAUGAAGAUGAGGAGGAUAAAAGGGAGGUGUUUGAGUUUGAGUUCUCUGACCGACCUCUGCUGCCUUGUUACAACAUCCAGGUUUCCCUCUCCCAGGGGCCGAGAAACUGGCUGCUGCUCUCUGAUGUGCUCCGCCGGUUGAGGAUGUCCGCCCGAGGUUUCCGACAGGCCUUCCCCCACAUGGAGGUGGUGACAGUGGCCGAGGCUGAGUUUUACCGGCAGGCAUCUUUGUCGCAGCUCUUCUCCUGCCCUGAGGAGCUGGAGGGCUUCCAGCCCGACAGUAAGGACCUGUUGGACCUGGUGGAAGACAGCGCUGAGCUGGCCGCUCUGCUUGGCUCCUCCCUGGAGUGUUUGGACGACCACUGGGACCGUGUGGGGGAAAAACUGAAGGACAAAAUUAAGGCUGUGGGCAAGUUAGGCUCGUCCUGACCCCUGAGGCUUCUUCACCUGGACUUUAACCCUUAGUGACUGCAUUUUUCUUUAGAACCAUCCAGGGGUCAUGAUGUUUUGCCUUAGCCCCGACCCUUAGCUCCCACAGCUCGGCUUUGAAUCAGCACUGGUGCACUGUACAGACGGACUGAUCUGCUAGCUGACCGGACUGCUGAAACCCUCUGUUAUCUGAGUUUCAGAAGAUUUGUGACUUAAUAAUGGUCUUAUUUUUAUAAAUUAAUAUAUGUAUAAAUUCAUAAAUAUAUAUAAAUAAAUAUAUAGAUAAUAUGGAGAUUUUUUUGGUUCUGAUGUUGCUCACGACUCCUCUCUGAGAGACUGUAUUUAUGUUGUCAGCGGAGUGUGUGAGCUCGCAGCACACUGUGCCUGUGUGUAGCUGUACAGGAUAAACUGAGGCUGUGCUAUUGAAUGUGGUAUUUGUGUUUAUAGGAAGCACAUGAUGUCCUGUUUUUUUUUUUCCUCAGACUUUAGCGCUGGCUUUGGCCUCAGGGGCGAUCUGUUGUAUCUUUUCUUCAUUUUAGCGUAAAGGUUCGGCUUCCUGCUUAGUCUGUAAUUUAACACAAAAAACUACAAACUGUUUGUAUAAUAAAGUUUUAAGAUAAUGUUGAUAAUUACCCUGCGGCACAGAGCUUGUACAUAACAAGGAGGCUACUGCAGUAAAGUCAUUUUUGUGUGUUCAUUUUUUGUUUUAACUUUGUAAUUAAAAUAUCUCAUAAUUUGUAUUUAUAUUUUACAAAGAAGUUGCUUUAAAAUAAAUAUACAAACUGCAAGAGAAAUCGAGUUCUGUGCCUUUUUUUGCAUGUUUUCACUUAAAUUGGGUUGUGGGGCCGAGGAUGGAAAUUGCACACUGCCCAGUAAUAUACACAUUGUGUCCCUUGAUUGCCGUGUACUACUUCUGUACGUCUCUGAGAUGAUAAAAUCUAAAUAAUCCUGUA